AUGUUGUCUAAACUUAAAGGUUCUGGUCUUCGUCAAAUAUUAUCUCAGAUAUUAAAUCUGUUUCUACAGCUUAUAUGUUAUGGAAAGGCCUCUCAGUUUCCUAUUGUUGUAGUUUUAUCAGGAUCUAUGGAACCGGCAUUUCAGAGAGGAGAUAUUCUUCUUCUUGAUAACCGUCAAGAAAGAGUAAAUAUUGGUGAUAUUGUUGUUUAUAGGAUAAAUAAGGGAGAUAUUCCUAUUGUUCAUAGAGUUAUUCAAGAACGACAUGGAGAAACGUUUCAAAAAGUCUUAACAAAGGGCGAUAAUAAUAGAUUUGAUGAUAUUCAGCUUUAUUCACAAAAUCAGAUGUAUAUUGAUAGAAAGGAUAUUAUUGGUGUUGUUAAAGGUUUUAUUCCGUAUUUAGGUUGGAUUACAUUGGCAUUGAAUGAUUUUCCAAAGCUUAAAUACUGUAUUCUUGGAGGAAUGGUACGUUUAGCAAUAAAUUAA